UCCGGGUUCCUAUUGCUAAACGGAGGACACUGCCCCGUCGAACGCGGGCUUUGUGCGUCACCACCCGUCCAUUCCCGAUCCGGUGGACAUCCGUGUUCCGGAAAAAACCGACGUGGUUGUCGCACGGCUGCAUGAAGCGUGUGCCCUUGUAAAGAAUGAUCUCGUUGCAGGCAGUCGUUGACGGUUUUACAUGAAAAAUAUGUACGGUUCGAAGGGGAACGUCGUCGCCGGUGCCAAGGGGGCAGUUCUCGACAUGUGUCUGUUCGAGGGGUUCGGAGCGGGUGCUGCGAACACCCCGUUCUACAACAACCUCUGGCGGCUGGGCGGGUUUGUUUUGGGUCGAGAGUUCUUCGACCUGUUGGAGGACAAGGGCAUCGCCCUCGACGUCCCUUGCGAAGUCGGUCCCGACCUGGAACUGUCAAUGCCUUUGCAGCCGUGCGGCGGUUUUGAGUCGAGCGAGGCAGCGGGGGAGGGUGGGGAUCUGGGUUCCGGGGAGGCUACACAUGUGCAGCGGGAGGAUGCCAGAGGUCAGUUUGACGACAGCGAAGAUGAGGCGACACUGCGUCCGCCGUUUUCGCCGUCGAGGGAAAGAGACAGGUCUGUGCUGUCCAUACCUGGGGUUCGGCAAUUGACCGCAGUGGAUCGCGGAGAAGAGGGAGUCCUGUGUGGGUCUGACUUGGAGCCCGCCGAGGGCCAUGGCGCGAAAGGCGAGGCCCCUGAGUCGGGACCUUCUUCACCAUGGCCUGCCAUCGACGUGGACGCCGGGUACUUCCUAGAGUACAAAGAUGGCGUCAGGACAAGGCGAGAGUUUGAGAUCAGCCCGUCUCAGAUCGUUGACAUAAGGGAGUGGGAGGAUCUUUACAACCAGCGGUCGCUAGAUCCCGUCCUCGUGGAAACGAUAAGGGAAGCAAUGCAGUCUGCGUUCGAAAAUAAAGAACAGACGUACGAGUUGCCGGUCUUCAAGCUCGCACCACUGGGGCUUCAAAAACCAACUCCUGGGACCAAGGCACAACGUCUGAAGCCAGAGGAGUGGAAGGAUGAGCUGGCGGGAGAAUACUACUACUACGCGGUGUGCGGGCAGCACAACGCGGCUGCAGCCAGGUCGCUGCUCGGCAGCGAGGUGGCCAAGACGUACAAUUUCAAGCGGUGGCCGGCACGGAUGGUGUACUUUUCCGACGAUGACUUCGAAUGGUAUUUUCUUGUUAGUUCACAGGACAACAAGAAGGACCAAAAGGCGCCUCCUAGACAGUUGAAACUUUCUAUGAAAGACAUUCGAUGGCAGUGGAAGUAUGACAGCUGCCCGAGAGCUGUGAUGGGAAACCCUAGCGGGAAACAAGAUCAGGUCCGGGCUUGGCGUAAGUUUUGUACAACGGCGCUCCAUAAGGCGCCUCAAAACAGCUUGUGGCUUCUCGCGGGUCAAAAGGAAGAGGAGGCCAUUAAGAAGCAAAAUGCUGCCCUGCGUUCUUACUUACCUCUGGCGAUGGCCGAGGAAAAUGUCUGGAAACUGGCCGUGGAAUUUUUCGAAAAAUGGGAGACAGGCAGAUUGCUGAGCCACGAUGGGGCGAAGUGGACCGUCAAAAAGAAGAAGGUCAAAAGCGUAAAGCCUGGGGUCGCCUACAUCCACAACGACAAAUUGGGCAGAACGGAGGUGGUGUACAACGUCCCCGUGGACCCGCCGAAUAAAAAGGGCAAAAAGGAGAAAGAGGAGGGCGAUUGGUUCGUGCAAGUGCCAGACCCGGACGUGCAUUGUUGGAAAGCAAUGGAAUCACUCACGGACAAUGAGAAGUGUCACGUUCUGAAAAAGGUGCUUGCUUGCGAGGUCGUUUGGGUCCAGGCCGGCUCCCCGUCGUUGGCAAAGUUGGGAAAGCUCAGCGUGCAGGACAUGGUUCAGCUGGUGAAGUGCGACCGCGUGCUGGUCCGGUUGUGGAAUUACUACCAAUUCAAGCACGAGAAGAGGCCGGACACGAACUGGAUCCAAAGGUACCCUUUCUUGAAAUCGAGGUCUGCCGUGUUCAAGAAGUUUGAAGGUCAGGGAUUGGAUGACGAGUUGUGGGAUAACAGCAGGAAACACGUUUCCGACUCGGCACUGUUCAAGGACUGCCCGCCGUACAUGGGUUGCGACCAGGACAACUCGAUUGAGGUGACGGAGAAGUUGGCGGGCCACAAGAAGUUGUCCGUCGACUGGAGAAACAAGGUUCUCUCCGUGUUGAAUGGAAGCAGACUGAAGAGCCGGGAAGUCGCAUUUGCCGAAGGCGUCGUUCACAUUAAAUGGAAAGACACGGGGGACGUGACAUCCAUCGCGCCGUUCGCCAACGACCCUUUGGAGGCGGACAUCAGGGGCGCAGAGCUGAAGGAGGCAGUGGCUGCCACAAAGAGCCACACGUUCGUCCUUGAUCUGUGCGAGCCGGUUGACCUCAAACUGUGGAAGCCCCAAGCGUGGGAGACUUUGAAUUCCUAUCUUCAGACGUGGUGCCCCUCGCAUUGGACUCUCGUUGUUUUCGUGCCGCGGCAGCACAACCUGUCGUUUCUCGCCAGCAUGCACCAUCUUUCUUUCGUCAAGCUGUUGGAAGGGAAGUGGGUGCGGAGAGUGCAGCAAAAAAAAAGCUUCCCCGUUGAGAACAAUUUGUACACCGAGGAAGACCGCAUGUACAUCCUUUUCAAGGGUGACGAUCUGCGCGUCAACACGUCCGUGGUCUACGAGGGAAACCUGCCCACGGGUGGCGCUGCUGCGAUGCGAUUGCCUCAGAGGGUCACCCAGACGGAUGCGUCCGAGAUUCCUUUCAUGCCUUGCGACUGGUCGCUGAAGGGAGGGGGUGUCGUGUUCCUUGGGAAACCGCACGAGCAAAGCAUCUGGGAGCUUCUGAAGGCCGGUCGACACGUUGUCGCAAUGGAAGGGAACUCCGACCUCUUGCAAUUCACGAUGCAGGUGGUGAAAAGUGAGGUAAAUUCGAGUGGGCACAAUUGUGAGUUCAUGGUCGUGAGGCCAACAAGGGAUAAGGUGUGGAGCAAGAAGACGGAUAUGUGGUUCAAGUUGAGCGAGAGGAAGAGGAACAAGAUAUACGAUUUCUUGUUCCUUCAAACGCGUCCGAGGAGGGACACUGACGCCGAGUACAUCCGCCGGAAGGACCACAUGUUAGCACUGCUCGACAACUACCACUUCGCCUCCCGCAUGAACGUGAAGACGUUUAUCGAAAGGCUGCAGUCGCUGUACUUCGUGGGGUCCGAGGAGCAGUUGAAGUUAGCCAGUUACGCUUCCCUGAUCUCCACUGAUGACGAGGAAGCCAUAGGUGUGGAGUUUGUCGCCAAAACGAGUUAGCCUUCAAAAAAGAAUAAAAUUGUUAAGACCCC